UUUCCAUGCUGUGCUGCCUUUCUUGACUUUUUUUUUCCAACAUCUGCUCUUCCAAGACUGAAAGCGCGAUGCCCAUUCAGUGUAUCCAAACACUGAAAUGCUGGUUGGCCCUUUCCGUUAUGGGGCUUGCAAUUUUAGGAUGUUUGGGACAAGAGCCGGACAGGAUUCCUGGUAGAAAUGUCACAUCCAACUCACUCGCGGAUAAGAAAGGAUGCUUCAUCGUAGAUCCGUUGAAACUUCCACCUCAGUUGAAGACAAACCCAAAUAUUGUUUGCACUCAAGAUGGCUCCAUGUCCAUUCCACCAAUCCCGGACUUGUUCUUCGAAGGAAUCAAAUAUUCAUCUAUAGAUUUUGCGAGGGAUACGCAAAACUCACCCGCAGGGUUUGCGCUCAAAAGAUUCAAAGCAUCCAAAACAGAUGGACCAGAAAAAUUAGCAUUCCUGAAAACAUCUCAACAACUCUACGACUCUGUGUGGAUGGGGUUAAGAAGCGAUGACUUGAAGAAACAUAAUCGGCCGAUCAGAGAGUUGGAAACACUGGAAUCCGAUCUUCCAGCGAUAGAAGCAGCUUUGGCACAUGAUGCAGGCCCUCAAAAAGUGCUUCCAAUGUGGUGUGAAGGACAGUUAUAA